UCCCGUACGCUAGAGGGCGACGUGGAGACAGAGGUUUAAUACAGAAAGCGCCGAGUGAAAUGUGCGGAAACUCAAAAUGGAGAAUAGAAGGGAAUCAGCGCUUUAGUUCUACAGAUCGGUAAUGUUUGUAUUUUGGGAUAUUUGAAGCAGAUGAAGGUGAAGAUAAAGCAGUGGCAUGGUGUAGCCUCAUGGCUCUGGGUGGCCAAUGAUGAAAACUGUGGCAUCUGCAGAGCUCCGUUCAACGGCUGCUGUCCUGACUGUAAAGUCCCUGGAGACGACUGCCCGCUGGUGUGGGGUCAGUGCUCACACUGCUUCCACAUGCACUGCAUCCUGAAGUGGCUGAACUCGCAGCAGGUGCAGCAGCAGUGCCCCAUGUGCCGGCAGGAGUGGAAGUUUAAAGAGUGA